AUGACCAGUAACACGUUAACGCGUACUCAGAAUAGCCGCGUGCUGCAGGCUUUUCGCGCCAUUGGCAUCGUGGUAGCUGAUGUACCACUUGUGUGGUAUGGCAUGGGUAAAGCGAGCUUUGCAACGGCGUCGCUGGGCAAGUCUUUUAUCGUGUACAAGUGCGACAAAUUAACGCCUGUGCUCGUGUCGCCUCAGCUGCCCAAGCGCAUUGCGGCCUUGGCCGUACAGCCUCAGAGACAAUUGACGUUCACGGCCUGUGGCCGUCAAAUUAUUGUGUGGAAACGAGUGGAGCGGGUCAAGACAUUGCUGGGUCACAAAGGAGCUAUUCAGCAGCUGAUGACUGUGGGCACGGUCCUCUUUUCACUGGAUGACGCGCGUAGCAUCAUCAUGUGGGACUUGGACACGUUGAAGAUUAUUGACACGUUGAGUUUUCCAGUCCAGUUUGAGCCUACGAGAAUGCUGCACCCAGACACGUACUUGAACAAGAUCUUGAUCGGGUCCAAACAAGGUCCGUUGCAGCUCUGGAACGUCCGGAAGAAAACCUGUGUGUUUGAGUUUACAGGAUGGGGCAGUGCUGUGACGGCGCUCGAACAGAGUCCUGCGGUGGACGUUGUGAGUAUCGGUCUGGCAGAUGGACGACUGAUGGUGCACCACUUGCAGCUCGAUCAGCGCGUGCUGGACUUUCGACAGGAUCAGCAGAGUGAAAUUACGGCCGUUUCGUUCAGGACGGAUGCAGGUGCUUCAACGACGCCGUUGGUCGUCUCGGGAUCGCGAUCGGGUGAUAUUGCAGUGUGGAAUCUGCAAACGAAACGUCUGGAGUCGGUGAUUGCGAACGCGCACGAUGGCGCUGUGAUGUCGCUGCACUUCUUGGCCAAUGAGCCGUUGUUGCUGUCUGCGGGGACAGAUAACUCGAUCAAGUUGUGGAUCUUUGACCAUCUGAAUGGAGGAACAGCUCGCCUGCUUAAGUCGCGUGAGGGUCACCGUGCACCACCGACGCGCAUUCGGUACUACGGUAACAACACGCUUGCUACAAUGUCGGACGGUGCUGACGGCACCUGCUGUCAGAUCUUAUCAGCCGGUCAGGACCGCGCUUUCCGUGUCUUCCACACGGCUCGUGAGCAGCAGAGCAGGGAGCUCUCGCAAGGACCCGUUCUCAAGAAGGCGCGCAGUUUAAGCGUUCGCGUGGAGGACUUGAAGCUUCCGCCGAUUGUGCAGUUUGCUGCUAUGGAGACACGUGCUCGCGAUUGGGCGAACGUAAUCACGUGCCAUGAGAACGAGAUUGCUGCCUACGUGUGGCGUUUCGAGCACCGUGCUAUCGGCAAGAAGGUGCUUCGACAGUAUGAUCCGAGCCACCGCGUUCCUUCUGGCAGCGUAGAGGAUCUACGCCGCAAAAAGACGCAAGCUACUAGCGUGACUAUCAGCUCAUGUGGCAAUUACGCACUCGUUGGCAGCUUGGGUGGGGCUAUCUUCCAAUACAAUAUGCAGUCAGGAGAAGCUCGUGGUUCGUUUCCGGUGGCGGUGACUCCGAAGCCAAAGAUUAUUAGCUCGCUCGUGCUACCUGGAACAGAUUUGUCGGUACUGCAAGACGACGAAUACGACAAGACUGCUGGGGAUGCUCAUGACGGACCUGUGAGCGCCGUUGCUGUUGAUGCGCUUAAUGAGACCUUGGUCUCUGCAGGAAUUGACGGUAAGCUGAAAUUUUGGGACUUCAGAAAGCACGACCUGUGCCACACGAUUAAUGUGGACUCGCCCAUCAGCCAGAUGGAGUUGCACCGCGAUAGCAACUUGCUGUGCGUGGCGUGCGAUGACCAAAUACUUCGUUUGUUUGAUGUGACAACCCGCAAGCUCGUACGUCGUUUUGCAGGACACUCGCACCGUGUGACGGACAUGACCUUCAGCUCGGAUGCGCGGUGGCUGUUCUCGUCAUCAGCUGACGCAUCGUUGCGCGUGUGGGAUAUCCCGACGGGCAAGUGCGUUGACUGGUUGCGGUUUCAGAAACCUGUGACUAGUUUGGCUGUGUCGCCUACCGGCGAGUUCCUUGCUACGACGCACGUGGGCCACGUUGGCAUUUUCUUGUGGGCAAAUCGCAGCUUUUUCACGGAAAUCUAUCUUGAUUCGGAGCCGACCCAGCCUGUGCUGAUGGAUAUGCCUGUAGCCCUGAAUGAGGUGGACAACAGCGACCAUCUUGACUUUGGCACUGAACGUAAUCCUCAGGUAUCAGCGGCAAGUGCUGACGAGCUACGGCCUGAAAGUGUCGUGGAUGUAAAAGGUGAAGCGAGCUCGGGACCGCUUGAUGAUUCUCUGAUCACACUCUCAACGGCCCCACGUGCAUUUUGGCAAUCUCUGUUCAACCUGGAGCUUAUCAAGAAGCGUAAUAAGCCUAUUGAACCUCCCAAGGCACCGGAACAUGCUCCUUUUUUCCUCCAAACUGCUCGUAAGGACGAUGUGCACCCUACGUUUGUACCUGUUGCACCUGAAAAGGAGAAGGGUCCUGAGAAGGAGGGGGGUGAAGACGUGAUGCUGGAAAACUGGGGUGCUCAGGAUGGCGAUGCAGCAUGGGGUGAUGAUGACGGCGAGGACAUGGAAGAGGACGCUGAAGUCACUGCCUCAAGCUCGCGGAUCGUCAAAACGGCAGGCAUGGUUACUUCUCGCUGCAAAUUGGCGACGUUGUUGGCAAAAUCGAUGCAGAACGAAGAAUGUAGCGACCACUCGGCCUCGCGCUUUGCUGACGUGGCGGCAUAUAUGCAGUCGCUUUCUGCGUCCUCAGUGGACGUCGAAAUGAGCACGCUGUGUAUGGGCGACUUUGAUGAGGAGGGCAAGAAGCUGUUGGCUUAUUUUCUGAACUUCCUGCACGAGGAGAUGCGUACGCGUUGUAACUUUCAAGUGCUUCAAGCCUACCUGAAUCGAUUCUUGAAACUGCACGAGGAACUAUUGGUGGCGGACCCGGUGCUGUUGGCCCAGGCAGAUAAACUGGGAGCUGUGCAGCAGCAACAGUGGCAGCACCUGCAGAAGCUAUUGCACAACAAUUUGUGUCUGGUGCAAUACCUCAGCAAGAUCCAGAUGUAA